AUGACUCGAGAAGUUACGCAGGAUUUUAUGGAUAUUGAUGAUGAAAUAACUUUACAAGAUAUUACUUUUCAAGUAGUGGAGUUUCGAAAAGAACAAAUAUUCGACACUUUUUACGAAAAAUCUUCCAAUAUCACACAUCCUCAUUUAAUAAACUCCUAUUAUACUUCAAAAUUAACAUAUGGUUCUAUUGUUGUAAUAGAUACAAACUUUUUAUUAUCACAUCUUUCAUUCAUCAAGACUCUCAUAUACGAGCAUGCAAAGAUCAACAAUUUUCUAAUAAUUAUUCCGUGGAUUGUAUUAGAAGAAUUAGAUGGUUUAAAAAAUGCACCUGGAAGUCUUGUAUCUCAUUCAAUCGCCACCACUUCUUCUCAAUCGCCGUAUGAUAAUCAAGCAAAUGUCAAAACUUUAGCAAAAACCGCUAUAACAUUCUUGCAUAAUUGUUUGAGUCAAAAAUUGGAUGGGUUACGUGGUCAGAAAAUAUAUGAAAAGUUGGAAAAUGCUAAGAAUAAUGAUGAUAAAAUUUUAGAUUGUUGUAGUAAAAGUGAUGGACUGAAAGGAAUAUUAGAAAUGAUUAUAUCCAAAUCAAGUUUAAACCCAUAUUCAUAUCCAUAUCUGGAAUUGAACGGCAUUCAAAAAAAUCCCAAUAAUUCAUGGGAAGAUUAUCACCCUACAGAUAAUAUUAUUAAUAAUAACAAUGAUGGUUUAUUUUCACCACCAAUACAAUAUCCACAAUUGCCAAUUGUUAAUAAUCAACCUGAAGAUUAUGAUGUUACAAUGAUGGAUUGUGAUGAUUCAGUACCUUUACAGUUAGCAACAAAUAAUAUUAUAUCAUUAUCAAAUGAUGAAUCUAUGAUCAUACAGGAUGAUGAUUUAAUUUUAAAGGCGGCAAAGAUAAAUGGAUUGCAUCCUAUUUCUUCUGUUCAAACAAUAGCUUUUUGUUCGUAUCUUCCAACGGCAAUGAUUUAUUACUUUGAAAAAUUCCUGGGUCAUGAUUGGACUUAUUUUAUAAAAGACCCUGAACCAUGGAGUAUAUUGACCAUUUUCAAAUUAUUAGAUCGAUAUUGGUUUACUGUUUUUUCUGAAGUUUUCCAAGAUUCUAGAACAAUACAAGAAGUCACUAUUGUUAAUGCUAGAUCAUUUAUAGAUCAAUGGCAAAAUUCAUCAAAUAAAAACUAUUCAAAUCUCAGUACAAAUUUAUCAAUUUCACAACUAAACGCAAUAACUGAAAAAUGGUGGCAGGAAUUUCAAGCUUCACUUUAUUAA